AUGAAAAUAAGCAAGCAUAAUAUUGUGGCCGUCCUUUUGGGAAUAAGGUCGACUGUCGAGGCUGCCAUUGUGCCAGUUACCGGCAUUCACACUGGGAUCAACCCAGAGCGGGGGACAUUUCCGCCACGACUUCGCAUCCAAGACUUGCAAACCAGUGGACCCCAAUGGGACCUCUACGUCCAUGCCAUGGUGGCGUGGAAGAGCAUACCAGAGGACAACGAGCUGUCCUAUUUUGGGUUGUCAGGCAUCCAUGGCCGGCCGUAUGUGGCUUGGAACGGCGUCGAGCAAGUCGAGGGUGCGCCCUUGACGGGCUACUGCACGCACAACGAGGUGCUAUUUGCCAUCUGGCACCGACCAAUGGUGGCUGUCUUUGAACAAAUCCUGGCGCAGCAUAUCCAGGCCGUGGCUGCUCUCUACAACGCCACGCCAACCAUCGCCGAAACGUACCGCCAUGCCGCCGAUACCUGGCGCCAUCCGUACUGGGACUGGGCCCUCGACAAGGCGCUGCCAGACGCCGUCGUGACGCCCAAUGUGACAAUCCGCGCGCCUCCCGAUGGACGCACCACGGCGACACUGGCCAACCCGCUGCGCUACUACCGCUUCCAUCAGUUCCCCCUCAACGCCACGCUCUUCCCGGCCGACGACGACUACCACCUGGCGUCGUUUCCAACGACGCUGCGCUGCCCCGACCCGUUCAACAACUUUACCAGCAACCCGGGCAUGGCCAGCGCCAACAUUGCGGGCAUCGACUUGGCCGGCCAGGUGUACAACAUUUACACCCGUGUCGCCGACUUUGGCAGCAUGAGCUCGACGGCCUGCGACAGCACGUCUUUUGAGCAGGAGCACAACGAAGUGCACGUGGCUGUGGGCGGCAUCCAUCCCAUGGGCCACUUUGCGCACUUGGGCUACAGCGGCUUUGAUCCGCUGUUCAUGAUGCACCACGCGGCGAUUGACCGGCACGUCGCGCUGUGGCAGACGGUACACGCCAAUGCGUCCAUGUUCGGCCCGCAGGAAGACUACCAGACGCAGACGGGGCAGUUUGCCACGGCACCGGGCACCAACAUCACCGCGGAUAGUCCUCUCAAACCGUUUUAUGCGUCGGCCAACGGAACGUUCCACACGCCCAAUUCGGCGCGGGAUAUUGCGACGUUUGGGUACUCGUACCCGGAACUGCUGACGGCGCAGUUAACUGCCCAAAUAAAUAGCAUAAAUGGCAGCCGAUCCGUAAAUGCGAGCUCCCGGACGAAACUCCGUCAAGCCGUCACCGCCGAAAUCAACCGACUUUAUGCGCCGAAAACCGUGUCAACGACGAAACGACGUCUAUCCUGGUCGCGUGCGGUGGCGUCAACGCCACAGACGGUCUAUUUUGUCCGUAUCGCCAUCGAGAAGGCAGGCCUUGCAUUGCCUGCCGCCGUCAAUGUAUUCCUCGGUACGACACUGGCCGGCAGACUACUUCUCCUGGCGAGUCCACCAACUGGCCGCGUCCAUGGCGAGAUCGGCCUCGAAAACGCCUUGCAGAUCAGUUCGAGCCAGGACAGUGAUGUGGCCGUGGAGGACGUUCUUCGUCAACGGUUCCGCUGGGAGGUCGUCACUCUUAGUGAGACACACAGUGUGACUAUCCAGGUCCGCGAAGAGACUGUUCACCUGCCACAGAGCAUAAAAGAGUUUCCCAUUUACACAAAUGUGCGCAUUCUACAUGGCCUUGGGACAGAGAAAACGACCGAGAAAUGA